GCAGGUGGAGUUGAGCAGCCUCUCUAGCGCUUUUGCUUUUUGUUUUGCCUCGCAGGCGGCACCGCUGACUUUCUGCACAAGGAUGCACCGUGAUGACACCCACAGAGCGGGGACAGUAUCUCGGGCGGCACCACCACCUUCUCCCGUGGCGGCGGGCGCAGCAGCAGAAAGCUCAGCUGUAAUGGAAACUGGGGGCGAUGCCAGGAGGACAGCACCUCCGCUGGGGACAGGGGGCAGCAGCGGCGAGUUUACAGCUCCUAGUGCUGCAGAACCUGCCGUUUUCCAAGUGGUUGCUGCUUUUGCUCCUGCGGGUAGGAAGGGCAUGAAUAUUGAUGGACCAGGCAGCGUGGCCGGCAUGGACCCUGCUGCAAUGGCGAAAGGAGGCAGAGCUGUGCUCCCCGCCCCUUUCCCCCGUGUGCCUUACGCCAAGGAUCCCAAAACAGUCCACCAGCGCUUCCUGCGGAGGAGUGUGGUGGAUUCCGACCAGGAGGAACCCACCUUCGAGCCCUCGGAGCCGGAACUGCCGCCACAGCAGAAGAAGAUCAUCCUGAUCUCCAAAACCAGGAGGAUAAUUGCAGAGCGAGUGAAGGCCGGGCAGAGGCCGGUGGUGGAAGAGACCCGGCUCGGGGAAGAGCCCGUCACCCAGGCGAAAGGGUUGGCCCCUGAGAGCCUCUCGGCGGCAGCAGUAGCGAGGGACGAGCCGAAGGAGAGCAGUGGCAAGGAGGAUGCCGAGAAGAAAGAGGCACCGGAGUUUCCCAAGGAUCAGAGCAAGUCCAAGAAAGAGGAGGCCGAGGAAGAGGAGGAAGAGGACGAUAUGAAAGCUGUGGCCACCUCCCCUGAUGGCAGGUUUCUAAAGUUUGAUAUUGAACUUGGAAGAGGGUCUUUCAAAACGGUCUAUAAGGGGCUAGACACGGAAACUUGGGUUGAAGUGGCUUGGUGUGAACUUCAGGAUCGAAAGCUGACGAAAGUGGAAAGGCAGAGGUUUAAAGAGGAAGCAGAGAUGUUGAAAGGUCUUCAGCACCCGAACAUUGUUAGAUUUUAUGACUUUUGGGAAUCGUGUUUAAAAGGAAAGAAGUGUAUUGUGCUGGUUACAGAACUGAUGACUUCUGGAACACUGAAAACGUAUUUGAAGAGGUUUAAAGUGAUGAAACCAAAAGUCCUUCGUAGCUGGUGCCGGCAAAUCCUGAAGGGUCUCCUUUUCUUGCACACUAGAACUCCACCAAUCAUUCACAGAGACUUAAAAUGUGACAAUAUUUUUAUAACUGGACCAACUGGAUCUGUGAAAAUAGGAGACUUAGGUCUGGCAACUCUCAAAAGAGCUUCAUUUGCCAAAAGUGUAAUAGGUACUCCAGAAUUUAUGGCUCCAGAAAUGUAUGAAGAGCACUAUGAUGAAUCAGUGGAUGUAUAUGCUUUUGGAAUGUGUAUGUUGGAAAUGGCUACCUCAGAAUACCCAUAUUCAGAAUGCCAGAAUGCUGCUCAAAUUUACAGGAAAGUAACCUGUGGUGUCAAACCAGCAAGUUUUGAUAAAGUUACUGACCCCGAAAUAAAGGAGAUAAUUGGAGAGUGCAUUUGCAAAAAUAAAGAAGAGAGAUAUGAAAUUAAAGAUUUACUAAGCCAUGCCUUUUUUGCUGAAGAUACUGGGGUAAGAGUGGAACUUGCAGAAGAAGAUGAUGGUAGGAAAUCCUCUAUUGCCUUAAGACUCUGGGUAGAAGAUCCUAAGAAACUGAAAGGAAAACCCAAAGAUAAUGGAGCCAUUGAGUUUGCUUUUGAUCUGGAGAAGGAAACUCCUGAUGAUGUUGCACAAGAAAUGAUUGAUGCUGGAUUUUUUCAUGAGAGUGAUGUCAAAAUAGUUGCAAAGUCAAUACGUGACAGAGUAGCAUUAAUACAGUGGAGAAGAGAAAGGAUUUGUCCCAUGUUGCAAUCAGAGGAUCAACGGGAUCCUGAGAAUUUAGAAAAACCGAAGGCCCCACAAGCACAACCAGUUCAGGUUACGUAUCUUUCUCAUACUGGUCAUCACAUCCUGUCAGAACCAGAAGAGCCUGAAGCUGACCAGCAUCUUUCUCAACAGAAUCUACCCACAAGCAUCACUUCACUUGCAUCUGAUAGCACAUUUGACAGUGGUCAGGGAUCAACUGUGUAUUCAGACUCCCAGAGCAGCCAGCAAAAUGUCAUCUACUCAUCUAUGCCUGAUGCAAUACCUUCUGCUAUUCAGCGGGUAUAUAGCCCACCUCUCAGUGAAAGUCAGACUUUGCCCCAUGGUCUUCAGCAACUGGGACCCUACCAGCAGCCUUCAAUAUCUGGACUUCCAGUGGUUCAGGCUCCACCUGCUGUAGUUUCUCAGCGACCACAACAUUAUCAAGAACCAGCAAUGCCGUUCCCUGUUGUCCAUCCCACCUCAAUUGCCCCUGUGCAGAUGAGACAACCUCAGCCUGUGUUAGCCAGCCAGCAGCAAUCCAUCCCAUCUCCAGCUUCUCUACAGCAAGUUCUCACCAACCAGCCCAUUUGCUCAGUGCAGCAGCCUGCACCUCAGCUAUUACCCCAGUAUCAAACCCCCAGUUCUCAGGCGGCAGGUACCAAUAUACCACUGACGCCUCUACAGAUUCCCCCUAUGCAGCAACUUCCACAAGUUCCACCUGGCCAGAUUCCUCAGUUUCCUCUCAUUCCUGCAGUUACUCCUCUGGCAGGACUUGACAGCCAUGCUCCAAACCUGUCUGAUAUACCUGCUGCAAAUGUGCCCCCUAUACCUGCUCCUUCUCAAUAUUUUCCUCCAGCUGUGAUUUUACCAAGCCUCCCUGUGAACCCUGCUCUGCCACUGACAUCAAAUCCCCCUGCCCUACCCAUGCAAGCGGUCAACCUUCCUCAUAGUACUGUGGCUUCCUUGGUCUUGCCCUGCCAAACAAUUGUGCCAAAUAUGCCGGCUGCUCCGAUACCAUUACUUGCUGUGGCUCCACCGGGAGUGUCAGCUUUACCAACACAUCAUGCGGUAGCUCAAUUCUCCCAGCAGCAAAUGUACCACGCUACCCUCCAGCAGAUAAUUCAGAAUGAAGUUUUUUCCUCUCCCCAUCACACUCAGAACAUGCAAGCAGUUUCACAACAGCAGCAGCAGCAGCAGCAGCAGCUGCCUCCACUUCCUCAGUCACUUCAACCAAGCAUAAUUCAUUCUUCAGAACAGACUAUGUCUGCAUCUGGGGCUGGUAAUCAGAUUAUGGGACAUCCUCAAUAUACUGUGGAUAUUGGAACCCAGAUGCCUGCAUUGCCAGUGCAACCUUCUGCAGUUAUAUCACCACCAUUGCAGUUGCAGCCUGAAACAUUGCCUCCCUGCAUUGGUCCAGAAGGUCUUUCACAAAGUAUCCUUGCUACAGCUAAUGCAGCAUUGUCUAUAGAUCAUGGUCUGCCUCUCCAACCUACUGGUUAUCUGCAAUCUCAGCCAGAUAAUCACCAGCCUCUGGGCCAGCAGACUCAAACUCCAUGCCCAGUUAUCCCACUGGCUACAGAAUCUUCUCAAGAGGAGCAUGCAAUACUGGAGAAGCAGCAAUCACUGACACAGAGCUGUGAAAGUUAUAUGAGUCCUGAUGUUGCUUCUGGUAAAGAGAUGAGUGACAGCUUUGAAGGGACAAGUGGUAGUGGAAAACAAGAAGGAAAACCGUCAAAGAAACAUAAGAAAUCAACACGUACUCGUUCACGCCAGGAAAAAUCCAACAGGCCGAAACUGACCAUUUUAAAUGUAUGCAACACAGGGGAUAAGAUGGUGGAAUGUCAGCUAGAAACACACAAUCACAAAAUGGUUACAUUUAAGUUUGAUUUAGAUGGUGAUGCUCCAGAAGAAAUUGCUACUUACAUGGUAGAAAAUGAAUUCAUACUACCUACUGAGAAAGAGAUAUUUAUUGAGCAGCUGAAAGAAAUUAUUGAUAAAGCAGAAGAUAUGCUUAGUGAAGAUACAGAAGGGGAAAGAAGUUCUGAUCAGGGUGCAAGCCCUCAGCAAGAUACUUACAGGCUGGAAAGCAGUGAGGAGAAUCGGCAAUCUCAGGCAAGAAUGCCAGUGUACCAACAAAAUGUUCUACAUACAGGGAAACGUUGGUUUAUCAUUUGUCCUGUUGUGGAAAAUCCAGCAGCUGAAGUACCAGAAUUCUCUCCUCCUGUUCCUCAAAGUGCAAAACAGGCUGAAGCCCCAGAUUUAGAGCAGUCAGAUGAUCAGCAGCAGAGCUCUACAGUGACAGACAAACAAACAAACAUAGCUUAUCAGCAGCUUUCUAAUCAAAGGAACACCUAUGAAAGCCCAAAAGGAACUCCUCCUCCUUCUCCCCUGACGCAAGUCUCUGCUCAACCUGCAUCAACCUCCCUUUCACAGGUUCAGACAGAAACGUCCACUGCAACACCCCCACCAACAGCUCCAUAUGCUCUAGAACAGGCUGCUGAAAGUACAGGCCAACUAGAAUGCCCUCCUCUACAGCCUGUUGUACCCAGUCAGCCUGACACUCCAGCCCACAGCGCAACUUCACUUGAAGAGCAGGUUGAGCCUCAGCAACCUCUAAAUCCCCCACUGCAGGCACCAAAACAAAUAGAUGGUAGCACUUGUGUCCCCAGUGCAGAGGUUGAAGACGGCACGACUGGGCUUCCAAAACUGCUUCAGCCUGCUCCUGGACAUGCAGCAGAUGCCUGCCCACUCCCAGUUGUCUCUGAUGCUACAGUUUUGGAACACCACCCUCCAACACAAGUAUCCCAUUUGCCGGACAACAGUCAGCCUGGCCAGAUGCAGCAUUCUUUCGUAGGCCAGAUACUUCCUGUGACUGCUGUUCCUGAUCCUCUGAUUCUAGCGGCAUCUCAGCUUUCAAGUCCUCCUUCCCUGUCAGUAGCUGCAUCCCAGCUGCACAUAAUGGCAACCCAAUCCCAACCUACACCAUCCGCUGGCCUUGCUAUGAGUACCUCUCAGCCGCCUUGUGCAGUAGAAUCAGAUGGCGAAGGACCACCCAGAGUGGAUUUUGCUGACAACACAAUAAAAAGCCUGGAUGAGAAACUGCGCAACCUGCUCUACCAGGAGUAUGUCCCAACAUCUUCUGCAUCAGCAGCGACAUCAGACAGCUUUGUACCUUUAGACCAGGGAGAUGGCGAAUUUAACUUGGAACCUUUGCCUAUUCUUGUGCUGGAUUUGAAAGUUCCUGCAACUAGCAUGGAUGUUCAUGCGACUGAGGAGCAACCUGCAUCAAGCACAACUAUUUCUGAUCUGGUGGGGGAAUCAGAAAUUACAUGUACCAGUAUCCAUCCAUCAGAAAUAAGCCAUGGAUCAACUAACAAAGAAGGUCAAGUUGCAAACAUUACUUCAACUUCUGUUGCCAUAUCAUCAGGACUCCCUCAGGUUGCGCCUUCAUUAUCAGAUGUAGCUGCCCAGAAAGAUGCUUCUAAGCUGAAUGAAAAGGAAAAUACUAUAAAUCUCAAAGAGAAAAAUAAAUCUCAUAGAGAUGACUCUGUUGACUUGAGCUUCAGUAUGAAGCAAGCUGAAACACUUAACAGUACACCAGCAAAAACAAUUGGAAGAUUUUCAGUGAUCAGCACCCAGGAUGAGUUAACUUUACCAUCCAUGCAUUCCUUGAGAUACUCGGCACCACCAGAUGUUUAUCUCGAUGAUCAACCUUCCAGCCCUGAUACGAAGACAUCUUUGCGGCGUGUGCAGACAGCAUCUUCAAUUGAUGUCCUUUGUGGUCAUGAUUCCACUGAUUCUGGAGAUGAAUCUCUUCAAAGAAAACCAGCUGCAACUCCACCAUCACCUCAGAGCAGCAGUGCAGGAAAUGACUACAUAAAAAGGUCCUCAUCUUUUCUGCAGAAGUCUGGAAAAUCCAGCUCACAAGGCCUUGAUUCCCCUAAUGGUCAUGGAUCAAAAAUCCCAACUAUCAACAUAACUUCUUUCCACUCACAGUCAUCAUAUGUGAGCAGUGACAAUGACUCAGAGUUUGAAGAUGCAGACAUGAAGAAAGAAUUGCAGAAUCUGAGAGAAAAACACAUGAAAGAAAUUACUGAACUGCAAACUCAGCAGAAGCGAGAAAUAGAAGCUCUCUACCUUCGGCUGGGAAAACCUUUACCACCAAACGUCGGAUUCCUUCAUUCUGCCCCACCAAGUGGCCGUCGAAGAAGAACCAGCAAGAACAAAUUAAAAACUGGGAAGUUAUUGAACCCUGUCGUUCAACAGCUCAAAACAACAGCAACCAAUACAAGCAAUGUGUCAGACUCCAAAGACACUCUGGCUAAAGAAAAUACUAAAGGUCAGACUGGUUCUACUGAAGCAACAGCACUAACUUCGUCCACAUCAGCCAUACUUGGAAAGUCAGUUCAGACACAGCAGCCCUGCUCUGUCAAGGCUUCCUUGUCCUCUGACAUCUGCUCUGGAUUAGCUACUGAAGGAGGUGAUGCCCAUGGAAAUUCUGGCCAAGGCUGGACGGUUUUCCACCAAACGUCUGAGAGAGUGACCUAUAAAUCUAGUAGCAAACCUCGUACCAGAUUCCUCAGUGGACCUGUGUCUUUGUCCAUCUGGUCCACUCUGAAACGACUAUGUCUAGGCAAAGAUCACAGUAGUAGAUCCUCAACAAACAGUCUUGUAGCCUAUCCAGACCCUCUGCCACAAGCAACACUGCAGGUUCAGGUACAAGCUAACAACAGUAACAACAAGAAAGGAACUUUCACAGAUGAUCUCCACAAAUUGGUGGAUCAAUGGACAAGCAAAACUGUGGGAGCCGUACAAGUAAAACCAUCCUUAAACCAACUCAAGCAGAACCAAAAACGGCAAGACAUGGAGCCAAAGGCUAAUCCCGUGCAGACACAGAAUGAGACGUGUGGAGUUAAUUCAGUAAGAACAGGAAUGGGGAAAAAGUGCAUUGUUCCAGUGUCUUGUCCAAUGCCAGCGGCAUUAACUCCUGGAGUUUCACCAUCCAUGCCAGUGCCUAUGCCAGGUACUAUCCUUUCUGGCACAGUAAAACCUUAUGAUGUGAUGCCUCUUUGUCAGUAUGGAGGAAUUUUUCCCGCACCACUGUUUGGAGUGCAGUGGCAGGGCUCGACAAUUCAGCCUGGGGUUGUCGGAAGCCAGAACAUUGCACAAUUUCCAGCGCUCGGCAAAAAUGGCUUCCAGCUCUUUCCAGUGCCACUGCAGCAACCUGUUGUCAGCCCACCAGGCGCUAAUUUGAGAAUAACCUAGCUUUGCCACCUCUCGGUAGCUGAUGAGAAUUUCCAAAUUACAAAUGCAGAGUGAAUGAGCCUCUAUGCAGUAUAUGUGUUUACCUGCUGGCACACUGUUCUGGCCAAUUAGUGCACACAGCCAUACACUGCAUCAAGCAAUCACUGUGAAACGUUUUCACACCGAUUAGUUUGUUGUUUUGGCAAUAUUUGCUUCUCCUUCAUUGCUGAAGACACUUUAUGUUGUGCUCUGGUGUUUGAAACUGCAACCUUCAACAUUAAGGUACUUG